AUGGCUACCAACAGCAUCAAGUUACUGACCGGCAAUAGCUAUCCUGAGCUCGCAGCUCUAGUAGCUGAUCGACUUGGAAUCGAGCUCACCAAGAUCCUCGUGCUUCAAUACUCGAACCAGGAGACUUCCGUGACUAUCGGAGAGUCGGUCCGAGACGAAGAUGUCUUCAUCCUGCAAUCUACGCCACCAGGCGAUAUCAACGAUGCGCUCAUGGAGCUGCUGAUCAUGAUUAAUGCGUGCAAAACGGCUUCUGCUCGCCGCAUUACUGCUGUGAUUCCAAACUUCCCUUAUGCUCGCCAGGAUAAAAAGGACAAGUCACGCGCGCCUAUCACGGCGAAACUCAUGGCAAACAUGCUUCAAACUGCUGGUUGCAACCAUGUCAUCACGAUGGACCUCCACGCCAGCCAGAUUCAGGGCUUCUUCAAUGUGCCUGUAGACAACCUCUACGCAGAACCGAGUACGCUCAGAUGGAUUCGUGAGAAUCUGGACGUCAAGGACUGUGUUAUUGUCAGCCCAGAUGCAGGUGGUGCAAAGAGGGCAACUUCGAUAGCCGAUGGCUUGAACCUUGGCUUUGCCCUCAUUCACAAGGAGCGAACACGCCCGAAUGAGGUUUCGCGAAUGGUUCUGGUCGGAGAUGUACGAGGCAAGACGGCCAUCCUGGUCGACGACAUGGCCGACACAUGCGGAACGCUCGUUAAAGCGGCGGACGUGCUGAUCUCCGAGGGUGCAAAGGAUGCGCUCGCAAUUGUCACACACGGCAUUCUGAGUGGCAACGCCAUCGAAGCUCUCAACGGCAGUAAACUCAAGAAGAUUGUUGUCACCAAUACCGUACCUCAUGAGGAUAAGAAGGAGCUGUGCGAUCGUAUCGAGACGAUUGACAUCAGUCCUACUCUUGCCGAGGCCUGCAGGCGUACCCACAAUGGCGAGAGUGUUAGUUUCCUCUUCAAGCACGCGCCUGUCGACUAA